GAGACCUGGAGGUGGCCGAGGAGUCCGAGCGGAGGGACGACUCGGCCCUUUGAGGACGUGGGUGGGCGCUCGAGAAAACUCCACAGAGAAGAAUGUCAGAUACAGAGAAAAACCCACUAGAAGAAACAGAAGAUGGAGAAUCAGAAAUGGAAGAAGAAGAAGAAGAAGAAGAAGAAGGAGAAGGAGGAGAAGAAUAUCCUUCAGAUUAUUAUAAAGAAGAAAAUAUGCAACAGGAAUCAAAGGAUGACCUAUUCGCAUGGGGAGUCUCUCAGGAGGAGAGGGAGGAAGAAGAGGUAGGAGAGGAGGAGGGGGAAGAAAAGCGAGAGGAAGGAGAGGAGGAGGAGGAGGAGGAGGAGGAGGAGGAGGAGGAGGAGGAGGAAGAGGAGGCUUUCAGAGAAGAACCAGAGAAACAGGCUGGAGCAGCCGUGGAGGCGGUGGCUUCGGAAGUCCAGGGUGAAACCACAGGGAAGCCCGAAGCACCCACCACGUCUGUGACCAGUUUGGAAGGACUUGAAUUAACGGAGUCAUCAAUCAUGUCAGAGAUUUUUCCGAAGACCCGCAGUGACGCCGAGUCAGAGCAUUCUGUGCAGACAGCGAGUUUGAGCAGCCUGGACGCACAUCUACAAUUCAACGUCGACCUCACCAGUUCUGAGGAGGAGCAGCUGCUAAGCGCCCUUAAAACGCAGCCCUUGGGCCAGCCCACCGACCAGACGUCCCAGGAGCAACUGGGACAAGAAAAGAGAGGUUCGGGGCCGGAGAAGUGGGAAAGGAGAGAAAAAGAAAAAGUACCCUCUGUCACUGAGGAAGAAGAUAAAGAAUUCCAGCCCAAAGCUGGCAUCCUGAAGGAGUCACUGGUGUCCACCACCACCGAGGACAUUUUGUUUCAAAAGGACGACAGUCCCAGCGUGUAUCCCUUGACCAUGACGUGGUCGUACGGCUGGAACAGCUCUCUUCCUGUGUACUACAUCCGAGACGAAAGCCAGAGGGUUCUCCUGUACGCCAGUGGCCACACCGCGGUCAUCUACAAUGUUUUCAGGAAUGAACAGCAUCACCUUCAGGGCCACCCCAACGUGAUCUCCUGUCUCUGUGUCAGCGAGGACAGGCGGUGGGUCGCCACGGCUGACAGAGGGCCCAGCUGCCUGAUAAUUAUAUGGGACUCCUUCACAGGGAUUCCUGUGCACACGAUAUUCGACAGCUGCCCAGAAGGGAGCGGCAUCCAGGCCAUCGCCAUCACCCACGAUGCCAAGUAUCUGGCAACCAUCUCAGAUGCUGAAGUCCAGAAAGUUUGCAUCUGGAGGUGGACUUUAGCAGUGGAGACACCGGCAUGUACUCUGGACCUUCCCAAAGAGUAUGGUUUCCAGAACUACCUUAUUUUUAAUCCAACGAAUAAUAAAGAACUGGUGAGCAAUAGUAAAACACAGGCAAUAUAUUAUUUGUGGUAUGAAGAAGGAGGUAUACUUACUCACAGUGCCCCGCUUUUGACAGAAAAAACAUUCAACAAGCUCGUGGGAAAGUUUAGCCAGUCCGUCUUCCAUGUGAACCUCACACAAGUGCUGUCGGCAACCAUGGAAGGGAAGCUGGUCGUCUGGGAUGUACACCGCCCGCCGCCCUCUGCCUCUCUGGCCUUUCCCUACAUCAAACCUUGUAAACUGGUUCAUCUGCAGAAAGAGGGUAUCACCGUGCUCACUACAGUGGACAGCUACAUCGUCACAGGUGAUAUUAAGGGUAACAUUAAGUUCUAUGACCACACCCUGUCCAUUGUGAACUGGUACAGCCACUUCAAACUGAGCUCCAUACGAGUGCUGUCCUUUUCAAAGACCCCGGCAACUCCUCCUACCGAAACAUCAAACUAUCCUCUGGACUGCACUCUGAGGCACGGCCCCUUCGUCGUCAGGAAUCUUGUCAUUGGAACAUCUGAUGCGACCGUGUACCACUUAAAGGCAGACGAGACCAAACUGGAGAAGUUACUCAUAGAGCCCAAGGAAGCCGUCGGUGCCAUCGCCUGCCACCCGUAUCAGCCCCUCAUCUCCAUCGGGAGCUUCUGUGGGUUGAUCAAAGUGUGGCAUUAUGAAGAGAAAAAAUACCUCUUCAGCAGGGUCUUCGCGAAGGGGCUUGGAAUCCAGAGUCUGAGCUACAAUCCUGAAGGAGCCCUCCUUGGAGCUGGCUUCACAGAGGGGACAGUGUGCAUCCUUGAUGCAAUGUCCUUAGAAAACGCUAUCCCAGAGCCUUUCAAAUAUUCCAGAACAAGCGUGACUCACAUAAGCUUCUCCCACGACUCCACGUAUAUGGCGACGGCCGAUGCAAAUUUUACUGUGGCCGUUUACAUGGUCAAGGUAAAAAAUGGACAGAGGGUCUGGGAAUAUUUGGCAAGACUUCGUUCUCAUCGCAAAAGCAUUCGAAGUCUCCUGUUCGGGGUUUUUCUGGACAGCAAUGAGCCUAGACUGCUGAGCCUCGGCAGAGACAGAUUAUUGAUCGAGUAUAAUCUUCUCAAGAGCACCAAAGACCACCUGGACGUCCUGGACAUCCACCAGACUGACCAGGGCAACCACCCCACCUGCAUGAUCUGGUACCCGCCACUCACCAAGGAACUCUUCCUGCUCAUCUGCAACACCGGCUACAAAGUGAAGCUGUUCAACUCCACCACCAAAAUGUGCAGAAAGACGCUUCUCGGGCCAGUGUACGGGUCUCCCAUGGAGCAGAUGCAAGUCCUCCCAGUGAAGACUGCUCUGGACCUGCAGAAACGCUACCUGGUGUUUAUCAACAGAGACAAGGUUGGACUUCAGAUCUUACCCAUCGACGGCAAUCCCCAUAAGACGUCUGCUAUCGUCUGCCACCCAAACGGGACGGCGGGACUGGCCCUCUCCCAUGACGGCCGUUACGUCUUCACCUCGGGGGGACAGGAUCGGUCGGUGGUACAGUGGGCAGUCCACCUAAGAGCCCUGGAGGCAGCCGUUUCUCUCGGGGGCCAAGACUUGACUCCGUUCUAUAGUCUGGUGUCUGGUGGCAGGGAAGGAAAAUUCUACAGGGAGCUGGAAGACUAUUUUUACUAUUCUCAGCUCCGUGGUCAAGGUAUCGACACAAUGGAGGCCAGGAAAGUGUCGGAACACAUUUGCCUGUCGGAGCUUCCUUUUGUCAUGAGAGCAAUCGGCUUUUACCCAUCGGAAGAGAAGAUUGAAGAUAUGUUUAAUGAAAUCAAAUUCAGCGAGUACGUGGACAACGGAGAGAUCGUUGACAAAAUCAACCUAACGGACUUCCUCAAGGUCUACCUGAACCACCGCCCGCCUUUCGGGAACUCCAUGAAAGCCAUCCAGAGGAGCUUCGACGUUCUGGGCUACACCACCUCGGAGGGACAGAAGGCCAUCCGGAGAGAGGAUUUCCUGAGACUGCUUCUAACUAAAGGCGAGCACAUGACGGAGGAGGAGAUGUCCGACUGCUUUGCCACGCUGCUGGGACUGAAUCCCGAGGGCUGGAAAUCCGAGCCGGCCGCCUCCUCUCUCAAAGGUUCAGAGAUGUGCUUUGAAGAAGAACUUCCAGACGAGAUCACUGCAGAAAUAUUCGUGACUGAAAUUCUUGGCUUAACCAUUUCCCCCGACUUCAGACGAGAUCCUACGGUCACCGUCAGCGAGGCUGUGCGGAAUGUCUGA